GUUAGACAACAUCGGAUACUGAAAAAUAGGAUUAUUCUUCCAUUUCUUCUAUGUUCUAUUUCAUAAAAUAAUUUAUUUAGAUAUUAUUACAUGUACAGAUAAUUAUACUGAAACAUUUGGUAAAUCUUUACUAUCAAAAUCAUCUUGCCUUUGUCGAAAUGGAGGAACUUGUCAUUGGAUAAAUUCAACAAAUUAUCGUUGUUAUUGUCCACCUGGUUUAACAGGUGAAAAUUGUCUUAUUCAAAUAGAUUAUUGUUUAAGUCGGCCAUGCUAUAAUAACGGUACAUGUUUAUCACAAUUAAAUACAUAUACAUGCCAAUGUCCAAUAAAUUAUAAAGGAAUUUAUUGUCAAAAUUUAAUUAAUCAUUGUGAAAAUAAUCCUUGUCUGAAUAAUGGUACAUGUCAAAAAUAUAAUGGAAAAUAUAAAUGUAAUUGUUUAUCAAAUUAUACAGGUAAACAUUGUGAAAUAUAUCAAACACCUUGUUUAUCACAACCAUGUCAAAAUCAUGGUAAAUGUUUGAAUAAUAAUAAUAAUAAUACAUUUGAAUGUCAAUGUUCAUUAAAUUAUCAAGGUAAAUAUUGUGAACAAUUAAUUGAUGUAUGUUAUACAAAAUUUAAUACAAGUUUAUGUCAUAACGGUGGUUUAUGUUCAAUAAAUAAUCUUAAAAUUCAUUGUUCUUGUUUACCAGGUUUUACUGGUCUUUUUUGUGAAACAAAUAUUGAUGAAUGUUAUACGAAACCAUGUUCAAUACAUAGUAAUUGUAUUGAUUUAAUAAAUGGUUAUUAUUGUCAUUGUGAUACUGGUUGGUAUGGUUAUAAUUGUGAAAAUAAACAAAAUGAUAUAAGUAAAUCAUUUAUUUAUCAUCAUACAAGUUUAUCAUCGACAACAUUUCAUUUACGUAAUUCAUUAAUAAAUAUAUCAAAAUAUUUACCAUAUCGUCAUUCAUCAUUACCAAUACGUAUUCAAUAUGAAUUUCGUACAACAUUAAAUAAAAUUUCAUUAUUUUCAAUUGGAAAACGUUUUAAACAAAAAUUAUUCAAUAAUAGAAUAUUAACAAAUUUAGAUAAUAAAACAAUUUUAUCAACAGUUAUUGAUUAUUAUGAAAAAUGGUUUAUGAUUAGUAUUGAAAUAUUUCAUUUAUGGAUAGAUGUAAGAAUAGGAAAAAAUUCACUAUCACAAAGAUUUUAUAUUUCAAAUUCAUCAUUAGCAAAUUUAAUUAAUAAUCAAAUUAUUUUUGGUUAUAAAAAUUAUUCUGGUUGUGUUAGAAAUAUUGAAAUAAUGUAUAGUCAAGUUUAUUCUAUUUUACUUACUGAUCAAUUAAUUGAAACAAAUGAAAAUCGAACAUUAGGUUGUGAAAGAACAAAUGCUUGUCAAAAUGCACUUUGUCAAAAAAAUGAAUUAUGUCAAGAUCAUUGGUUUUAUCAUACAUGCCAAUGUCAACGACCAUUUUUUGGUGAACAUUGUGAUCAAAUUACACCAAUUAUACAUUUUAAUCAAUCAAGUUCAGCUAAUAUAUCAUUUUCAUCACCGAUAUCAAAUAUAUCAUUUUUUUUUAAUAUUCUUCAACCGAAUGGAACAUUAUUUGAACUUAUUUCUUUAAUAAAACAACAACGAUUAACUCGUGAUUUAUUAUUACAAAAUCAAUCAACAUCGAAAAUUAUUGGAGCAUUAAUUGAUGGUCAUUUUCGUUUGAUAAUUAUUAAUGAUGGACCUAAACGAAAAGAAUUUGAAUUACGUAGUGAACAAAAAUUAAAUGAUGGACGUCCACAUCAAAUUGAACUUGAUUUAGAAAAUUAUAGAUUAAUUAUCGAUAGAAUUUAUAAUGAAACAUUUAUAAAAACACAUCAUCAAUUAUAUUUAAAUCAUAUUCAAUUACUUAGUGAUAAUACUUUCGAUGGUUGGUUACAGGAUAUACGCAUUAAUGAUGAAAUUAUUUCAUUUAAUAAUAUAAAUAAUUUAACAAAAAAUUUUAAUUUAACUAGUUUAAAUAUGUAUCACAUAAAAAAUAAUCCAUGUUAUCCAAAUAAUCCAUGUUUAAAUCAAGGCAUUUGUAUUGUAACACAUUCACAAGAUUAUUUAUGUCAAUGUGAAACAAAAUGGUUUGGUAGAAAUUGUUCAGAACCAAAUAUAUGUAAUUAUAAUAAUAAUAGUCUUUGUCCAGAUGGAUUUAUUUGUAAAAUUACUGAUGAAAAUCAAGAAUGUUUAGCAACAGCAACAUUUGAAGGAAAUUCAAGUAGUUUAAUAGCAACAUUACAUCAUAGCUCAAUAACAAAAAUAUCAAAUGAAAUAUCAUUUCGUUUUCGUGCACGUUCUCAACAUGCACAUUUAUUAACAAUAAAAAAUCUAUAUACAUCAAAUUAUUUUUCAUUAUAUUUAUAUGAUCAAAAUUUAAUUUAUCGUGAUUCAAUAUUAUUAACAGAUCUUAUUAUUGAAUUAAAUACUAAAAUAUUUGAAGAAUGGACAACAUUUCAUUUACAUUGGUCAGAUUUUUCAACAUUAACAAUUAAUUAUUUAUAUACAUAUACAGUAAAUUUAUCAUUAAAAUCAUUAUUAACAUCAAAUGGUCAAACACAAAUAUUUAUUGGAAAUGGUUUUCGUGGUUGUUUAGAAUAUGUUUUAAUUGGAGAAAAUCUUUAUAUACCAUUUUAUAAUGAUAUAUUAUAUGAUAAUGAUACACGUCAAAAUAAAUUUUUUAUUGAACAAAUUGAAAAUAUUCAUAUAAAUAAUUGUACAUUUAAUCAUAUAUGUGAAUAUAUGAUUUGUCAAAAUGGUAAUUGUAUUCAUGAUUUUGAUCGAGGUAAAUGUUUAUGUCAUCAUGGAUGGUAUGGAGAUUUUUGUCAAAUAAAUAUUAAUGAAUGUGAACAAGGAAAUAAUUGUUCAAUUGAAAAUAGUAUUUGUGAAGAUCAUCUAGAUGGAUAUUAUACAUGUAAAUGUCAUCAAGGAUUUACUGGACAAUAUUGUGAAACAAAUAUUGAUGAAUGCGCAUCAUCACCUUGUAUUAAUAAUAGUACUUGUAUUGAUUUAAUUAAUGGUUAUAUGUGUAAUUGUACUAAUGGUUAUAUAAAUUCCCAUUGUUCAAAAUCAAUAAAUGAUACAUGUUUUGGUCAAAUACAUACAUGUGAAAAUAAUGGUACAUGUAUAUUAAAAAGUGCUCAUCUUUAUAUUGAUAAUCCUCAAAGUGAAUGUCAAUGUACUAAUGGUUAUAAUGGUAAAUGGUGUGAAAAUGAUUUAUGUUUAAAAUUAAAUUGUCAAAAUAAUAGUACAUGUCAAAGAUUAUCAAAUGGGAAAGCAAAAUGUUUAUGUGCAGAACAAUGGUAUGGUAAUGAAUGUCAAUAUGAUAUAAAUGAAUGUGAAAUAAAUCAAACAAAUAUUUGUUUAAAUAAUGGAAUAUGUAUUAAUUAUUCUGGUGGAUAUAUGUGUCAAUGUCAAGAAAAUUAUUUUGGAAAACAUUGUGAACAUAAACAUAUUUGUUUAGAUCAAUCGCCAUGUCUAAAUCAAGGACAAUGUAAAACUGAUGGUGAACAUUAUUAUUGUGAAUGUUUAACAAAUUUUACAGGUUUACAUUGUGAAUUAUUAACAUGUGAAUCAGUACCCUGUCAACAUAAUGCAACAUGUAUACCUGAUAUGAAUCAAGGAUUUAUAUGUAAUUGUGUAGGAACAGGGUAUGAAGAUGAACAAUGUACAACAGAAAUUAAUGAAUGUCUUAGUAAUCCAUGUCAAAAUAAUGCAAGUUGUAUUAAUCAAAUAGGUGGAUAUAUUUGUGCAUGUCCAAAGAAUUUUAUUGGAUUACAAUGUGAAAAUAAAAAACAAUUUUUAAGAUCUCUGAAUUUUUCAUAUCAUUAUAUUAUAUGGCCUAGUAUAACUAUUUUAUUAUUAAUGAUUAUUAUUCUAUUAAUUAUUAUUAUUGGACGUAUACGUGAAAAUCGUCGAUUACAAGGAACAUAUAGACCAGCAUUAAAUGAAAAUGGUCAAAGUUCACGUGUGGAAUUUAGUAUGAUUUUAAAACCACCACCAGAAGAACGAUUGAUUUAG